AUGUCUGCUUCUCCAUCCGCCCUGCAAUCGACCAAGCGUCCCUUGGAGGACCCAUCUUCGCCCUCUGGACCAAAUGACCAACCUGAAGCCAAGCGUCCCGCUUUGGACAAAGUAGUAAAGGGUGAUGAGUCGGAGGCGUAUACAGAUGCCAAAACUGAGCCCCCUGCUGUGCCAAGUGCCAGUGCUGGUGGCCAGGGUGACACUGUUGUUCCAGACGCUCCGAAUGGUAAGGGCGCGUCGGGUGAGACCCAGCCGAUUCAGUCAACUGCGUCGCAUGGUGACCGUGCCUCUUCUCAACCUGAACAGCAUCGUCCUCAAGAUGAGUCUAGUUGGAUUCAUAUUCGCGCUGUAAUCUCCAGCCAGGAGGCUGCCACCGUCAUCGGCAAAGGCGGAGAAAAUGUAUCUCAAAUCCGUCGUCUGUCUGGAGCAAAGUGCACCGUCAGCGACUACUCACGUGGUGCUGUUGAGCGUAUUUUGACUGUCAGCGGUCCACAGGAUGCUGUUGCUAAGGCAUUUGGCUUGAUCAUUCGUACAUUGAACAACGAACCCCUUGAUGCCCCUUCCACCGCCCAAUCCAAGACAUAUCCUCUGCGUUUGCUUAUCCCUCAUAUUCUAAUUGGCUCCAUCAUUGGUAAGGGUGGCUCCCGCAUCCGCGAAAUUCAGGAGGCCUCCGGUGCCCGACUCAAUGCGUCAGAUGCCUGCCUUCCCUUGUCCACUGAACGGUCGCUUGUAAUCCUCGGUGUCGCAGACUCUGUUCACAUCGCUACUUACUACGUCGCCGUAACUCUUGUUGAACAGCUUACUGAGCGCUUUGGAGGUCCUGCUGCUUCAGCUUAUGCUACCCGAAGCGGAGGUCCUGCUGGAGCGGUGCCUGGUGGUAUGCAGGUUGUCCCUUAUGUUCCGCAACCCGCUGGCGGCCAAUACGGUCAUCCAGAAACGUUUAAGCGACAUCACCCCCACCCCAACCGUGCUGCCGCAGGCGCAUAUGGCGUUCCUUACCUGCAUGGGCAGCCUGCACCUGCACCUGUAGCCCAGCCGGCCCUUCAUUAUGGGGCUACCCCUCAUACUCCGUAUGCUGGGGCUGGUCCCCAUCAGCCUGCUCCCUAUGGCGCACCGCAGCCUGCUCAGUCGCGUGGUGCCCCUACUCCUGCCACACCUGCUGGUGGAGUUAUGCCUGGUCAGCCGCUGACUCAGCAAAUUUAUAUCCCUAACGAUAUGGUUGGUGCUAUUAUUGGAAAGGGUGGUGCUAAGAUCAAUGAGAUCCGACACCUCAGUGGUAGUGUUAUCAAAAUCAACGAGCCACAAGAGAACAGCAACGAGCGUCUGGUAACCAUUACUGGAACUCAGGAGUGCAACCAGAUGGCUUUGUACAUGCUGUACUCCCGACUUGGUUAG